GGAGCAUGGAGGGUAAAACCAUCAGAGCUUGAAGACACUCUUGAAGCAACAGAUGGUGAUGUACAGAAGAAAGUGCAACCAUGGCGACAGAUGUUGCCUGAUGAGGACAUGCUUCAUGAUAUAGAUGGCGCUAGGAAGAAACACACACCAGGGGGCCUGGUACUUGUCACAUCCCUGAUCAAUAAACCAACUAAUCUUGGAGGUUUGUGUAGAACUGGCGAGAUAUUUGGUGUCUCUGAGUAUGUCAUUGGCAACAUGAAAUGGCUUGAUGACAAAAUGUUCCAGGGCCUCAGUGUCACAGCACACAAAUGGCUGCCUAUAAAAGAGGUGCGUCCACAUAUGUUGAAAACAUAUCUGUCAGAGAUGCGAGAGGAAGGCUACACUCUGAUUGGUGUUGAGCAGACCGCUAAUAGCACACAGUUAACUGAUUACUCAUUCCCGAAGAAAUCUCUACUGCUACUGGGGAGUGAGAAGGAAGGCAUUCCAGUGGAGCUGAUCCAGUAUCUUGAUGUAUGUGUCGAGAUUCCACAACAAGGUGUAAUUCGUUCCCUUAAUGUACACGUCAGUGGGGCACU